CGAAUUUGGUGUUCGUCGAACGAAGCGUGAAGAUAAGGAACAAGUUCAGGAACUUAUCAGUAACAUGCACCUAGACGAUCAGGCGCUACUGAUGGGCGAUCUGGAGGCAUACAUCAACCAAGGUCGUACUGAAGACGGCACAGUGAUCACCAGCUUUGUUGCAGAAGCAAUGAACAGAAUAGUUGGAAUCGUUAUUCUGAGGGAAGAAAGGCAUAUUGAAUGGCUACGCGCGAACUACGAAAUUGAAGAUUUUAUUUACUUCGGUCACCAUUCAAGGAAGGAACACGCCACGUUGUUUCACUGUGUACUUGCAGUCAACUUUCACUGUCGCUACGGCCACUUCUUACGGGAAGUAAUGCGCCAAGGAGGUAAAACUUGCUUGUACUACCAUAUCAUGCCACCCUACUGUACGACAGAGCUCUACUGCAGGUCAACCCUGGUCACGUGUCUGCCAUAUCUUUACCCAGUGAAGCCUCGUCGGCAAAUAAUCUAUCCGCCAAGAGAAAUUCUGGGCGAGAAAGCACCAGCUGAGCGUUUGCUGGUCCGUGUUGCCGAUCCACCCGCGUUAUUUUUGGGCACUGCGCAGUUGCUUGUCGAACCACGGGAAGAGAUCAACGCACGGAUAAUCGUCGUAGGCGCCUCAACGACUGGAUUGGCUGUUCUGACAACGCUGGUGAUGUGUUCUCACAUCCGGUUUAGAAACUUGGUGUUGCUCUCUCCUAAUGGUCUACCUGGGGAAACGCUUGAAAAACCAAGUGAAUUGGUGACGAACUUUUUGAGCACCGAUCAUUGCUUCCCCUUGGAGCACCUCGGUCAGUACGCGUUACGUCACUGCGUGCAUGUCGUCCAUGGGAAGCUGACGGCCAUCGACCGCAAGUUCAAGUUUAUCACUAUCGAUCAUGGACAGCGGUUGGAUUACGACUACUUGGUGCUCACUACUGGACUGCAGUACCACAUUUCGUGUCCGGAGAAUGCAAAGAUUGUUGAAGCAGAAGACAAUGUGACACAGUCCAGAUCCUCCGCACGUUCCGCGGAAUUGCCAGUGAACGUGUUCUUAACUAUCGACUUUAUGGACGCUGAGCGUAUUCUCCACUGGAUUUCUGAAGAGUACAUUCCGGCUUUAGGCCCCAAAAAUUUACACGUACCGGCAUGGAAAAAAUCGAUUAUGCAAAGGAAACAGCAAGCAGCCUUUGCUGUGACAGAUCAGCCAUCGAACGAGCCGGUGGGCGAAGAAAACAAGAAGGAUAUUAUCAAUGAUGGAAUAAGGGAAGAAAACAAACUAAUCGUCUACGGGUAUCGAUUAGACGCUUACACAUGUGUGGCUACUCUACUUCGUGCAGGAAUUCCUGGAAGAUAUAUUGUCAUGGUACAACCCCCAAUACCCCCGCAGGAACAAUCCACGUUUGAUAAUCCGGUGGUUGAAAAUUUUGUUCACUCACAAAUGGCCGAGAUGGAAGUUCAGAUAUGCAAGGGUUAUGUAUUACACGGAUGGAGGGUGAAAGCACCAGAAGAACGGCAGAUCGAGGAGGUCACCUUUGUCUCUUCACAGCAGAAAUUGCGGAUCCUUUGCAAGGCUCUGUUUUGUUACGACAAGCGGCGCGUCGACUAUGACUUAUUCUCUGCUGCAAACGAUGCUUGCCUGGUCUUUGACGCGCGCCUUGUGAUCGAUGCAAACUUUCACACAAACGACCCAGCAAUCCGUGCCGCCGGCCCUGUCACAAAACUACAACGCAUUUACUUUAAUGACUUUUGGCGACAUGAACUGGGUAGCAGUUUGGAAAUUGGAACUUCCCUUGGACAACAGAUGCUUACCUUAUUCAGUUGCGACAAUGGAGUCCCUCAGAAACCUGAAAAAGAUAGUUGUCAUUUAUUGCCUGAGUUUCACGAACCCAAAGUAAUAGGAGGAAUUCUCCCCGGAGAGUAUCACUAUCUGCACAUCAGUAAACCGGAACUGCCAGACUUAGCUCAAUACACGAAGAAUCAGAGUCACAAGGACCGGAUGCUCACCACAGGGACCCCGAAUGAAGACCACGGUUUGUUCUGUUUGCACAUCAACCAGUACAACGCGGUUCAGGCUCUCACUUGCCUAUCCAAAACACCUUUUCCUGCGAGCAAUUACAUUCAACUAUUUGGUGCCCACGAGAAGCUGUUGAACAAUUUGUUGGCACGCUACGAUGAGGGUUUAAUCCCUGACAUGUACAGGUUUUUUAACGACGUGUGGCCGCUGGCGAUAUAUCACAACAGGUUCGCCGAAUUCCGGACAGAAUUACGGGAAUUGCUGCAUUCACAUACGACGAAUGGGAUAAACUCACUGACGGAAAAAAUCCAGCACUUGAUUGCCGAGGGCGGAGAGAUAAAGCAAGAAGAUAUGGAACGACUGAAGACGUUGUAUACCGAGGACGGCUACAGUGAGAUGGUCGAGGAAGAAUUAUUCAGUUUUAUCAACUCCAAUUAUGACUUAUUACCGAUGUACGCGAAACCGGAUUUGGUCUAAAAUACUUGUAUGCUCCUUUCUCGAUCUGAGUUGCAAGUAACCCAGGAAACUGAAGGUUCGUGGGUCACAUUUAAACAAUCAAAUGCUCGAAAAACAUGUAUGGUGACGGAAAGCAAGUGGCAAAAUACAUGAUAUUGUGCUGUAUCA